UUAAAAUCCAAGCUUAUAAUUGAAAGACAUGACAGGGAAAAAGAGCAAAAUGAUCAUGGAGUCAUGAUAAGGGAAUUACAAAAACUUUUAAAUGAUGAGCGACAUCUCAAAGAACAAUUGGAUAUGCAAAUAACAGAUUUGAAAGCUAAGUUAUAUGCUAAAGUUAAUGAAGCAGAUCAAAAGUUUAUAGAUGUACAGAAUGAUGUGUGCAAAAAUAAAGUCAUCAGUAAGAACGUUGACAACGAAUCUUUAGAAACAAAUAUUAUGCUAGCAGAACUGCAAAAUGAAAUCAGCAUGAUGAAAAAGAAACAUGUUGAGGCUUUAGAGCAAGAAAAGGAAAGAGCUAGGACAGCAGAGGAAAAAUCGAGAUCAUUAGCUGCAUUGCAUGAAGAUCGAGUUGCCAAUCUGGAAGCCCGAUUGGCAGAACUUUCAGAUACGGUUGGAGCAUAUGAUCGUCUUAGGCAAAAUGAUUUAUCAAAUAUACAAAAAUUGAAAGAUGAAAUCGAAAAUCUCUGCAAAUCACAAAAUACUAAUUGCAAAGACCAAGUUGAUUUUAAUGAUUCUGAGGAUUUCACAUCUUCUGGAGUCCACACAAUCCUAGCCAAAAUUUUAAAAUUGAAAAAAAUUCUGCUGAUUGAAAAUGAUCGCCUUGAGAAACCCAUAGACUUGAGUAAUGUUUUUUCCCAUGCGAUUGAUCACUCAAAAUGUAAGGAUGAAUAUAACAAACUAAUGCAAGAGUAUUACGAAUAUAAGACUAAAACUCAAAGUGCAAGAUCAGCAAAUGUGUCACUCGAAGUUUCAGAAUUAAAAUCACAUAUUAAAUCAUUGCAAGAUGAAAUCAUUAUUUUAAAUGGGCAAAUAGACAAAAAUGAAGUCAUCUACAAGGCUUCGUUAGAAGAAAAAACUCAGAAUUUAAUUGCUCAGAAAAAUCACUAUAAACAAUUGAUUUAUGAUAUUGAAAAUGAUUUCAAAGAACAUGUGAGUCAACUAGAGAAGCAGUUACAAAAACAAAGAGAUAGAUCAAUAGGACUUCUUGAAGAAAAAGAACAUGAAAUUAAAACUCUGAAAGAAUCUUUUGAAAUUUUCUUACCAGGAAAUUCUAAAUUAUAUUUAGAUAAAUGCAAACCAAAGACUGAACAAGUUGACAGCCAUAAUUUACACCAGCUAAAUAAUGUUCUACAAGGUGGCCCAUCUAUCACAUCUGGUGAAUCUCCGCAUAUGUUGCACUAUGCACAUGAGCUUGCUCGGAAAGAUGUUGAUAUUACAGUGCUGAGAAGAACGUUACGGGAGUUAGAUGACAAAUAUAGAGAUGUAAUUCGAGAAAAAACAUUAGCAGAAGAUAGUUGGACUGAAAGAGAAAGAAAGCUUCUAGAUAAUAUAAGCAGACUAGAGCGCAGCAUAUCGCGUGAGGGUGCUAAUUUGGAAUAUCUGAAGAAUGUCGUAUUGAGUUACAUUCUUUCUACAGAUACAUUUGGAAGAAGUCAUAUGCUAAAUGCUAUUGCUGCAGUUUUACAGUUUAGUCCAGAAGAGAUGGAAAAAAUCAACAAACAUAAUACAGUGAAAUUGUAUAGUAAUACCACUACAUCAACCUGAUUUUUCUAUUUUAAUACUAUAUGAUAAAAUGUAAUAAUCACCUCGUGAUGA